AUAAUUUGACAGUCUGCUAAUACACGACACAUAAGUAAGCCCUAUAUCAUCUUGAAAGCCCGGUAUUUUUAGAAUGGAUUGAGACCAUCCCUCACGUUCCGGAGUCGCCCCCUUAAGAUACCCACGUACUCCACUACAGCAGGUCAGCCCCCCAUUCUCGCCCUCCAUGAGUCGCCCAAGCCCGCUCAGCUAUGACAAUAUCUAUUGGGUUAAGUCACGUUUGAGCCGACGAGGACCGGUAUUUAAGGGUCGCGCCAACGGUCUUGUGAGUUAUACCGGGUCAUCCAGCACGCUAGUAGCACACAAUCCACUGGACAACGGUGUAUGUGUAGAUCCUCGAAUUUGGACACCGAGUCAGAAGAUACUCGUAGGACAUCGUUGGCCGCGUAAAAAUCAACUUCUUUUUUUAACAUCUUUGUAACAAAACAAGGCUACAAUGGACAGCGUCACAGCGCGUCACAUGUCGUCAAGUGGCGAAAACACAAACCUCGCUUUGAUGCUCACAAAUUGCAUAGCACCCGGUAUAUAACAGAUUUCUAGCGUGCUUGUGCAUCUAGUGUGCUCUGAAGUGUGCCAGUCUUCGGCUCACGCUACUGUGGCUCGAUAGUAGCCUGUAUUGCCGCAACGAAACCUCAACUUGCAAUUGCUUUUACGCAAAUUUUAGAAAAGAAAGAAAUCGUGCGCAGAGUUCAUCAUGAUCGCUGAAGCUGCUCUUGUUUUCAUCGCUGUUGUCGUCCUCGCAAACCUUGUGAGCCUCAUAAAGAGAAAACUCUCAAGCCUCCAUCUGCCACCAGGCCCCCAACCCUACCCCCUGGUGGGGAAUUUGCCCCAUCUCGUCGGCCCCUUGAUGCCUCUGGCUAUGACUGAGCUCGCAAAGAAGUAUGGGAAGAUUUACUCCCUGACGUUGCCUGGGCAACAGUGUGUGGUUCUCAACUCCUCAGAGCUGGCACGUGAAGCGCUGUUGACGCGUAAAGAUGAGUUCUCCGGUCGGCCUUCUACUUUUGUUGGUGACUUUAUCACGCGCAGCUCCGCUGACAUCAUCUGCGCAGACCACACUCAAACAAUGGUGCGACUGCGCAAGAUCGCCCACAAAGCUCUUCAGAUGUACGGGCGCGGGAUGCAAAGGCUUGAAGGUCGCAUUUGCCAAGAAGCGGACCACUUGGCACACAGAUUCGCGGCGCAUAACGGCGCUCCAAUAGACCCUAAGGAUGACGUAGCGGUGACGGUCCUAAAUGUGAUAUGUUCUCUCGUCUACGGCCAGCGGUACGAAGUGGACGACUUAGAGUUCAAGCGCAUAGUGGAGUAUAACGACUUAUUUGCCGAGAUCUUUGGUAGCUAUAACAUGCUGGAUAUGUUUCCGUGGUUGAUUCACGUGCCAUACUCCAAGUCUCGUCUUAUCAAAUACGCGUGUAAAAUUCGCGACGACAUUCUCACACGCAAGUACCUGGAGCACAAGGAAAAGUUCGAGAUCGAGAAUGCGAAUAAUAACUUUGAGGUUAACGACCUGACAGAUGCACUGCUGCAAGCGUUCGCGGACGAGAAGCGAGAGCUCCGCAAAGCGGAGGCGCUCACUGAGGAUAACAUCAUGAUGACGAUGAAUGAUGUCUUCAACGCGGGCUUUGAGACAACCACCACUGCUAUUCUCUGGCUCAUCGCCUACCUGUCCAAACACCCGGACGUCCAGGAUAAAAUUCACGCGGAGCUGGACGAAGUUAUCGGGGGGAGUAGGAUGCCGCAACUGAAGGACCGCCACAACAUGCCUUAUAUCGAGGCCACAAUCGCGGAGAUUCUACGUAUCAGAAGCAUAGUCCCCCUCGCCCUCCCCCACAAGGCGACCUGUGACACCACCCUCUCGGGCUACGACGUCCCUAAGGGCACCACCGUCAUCGUUAAUCUGUGGGCUAUCCACCAUGACCCCGAGGAGUGGCUCAACCCUGAGGAGUUUGACCCGUCCAGGUUUCUUGAUGCGGAUGGCAGUUACAGGGCAGCUGGAGAGAAGAGCUUUUUGCCGUUUAGCGCGGGUAGGAGAAACUGCCUGGGAGAGGCGUUGGCGAAGAUGGAACUGUUCCUGGUUUGCUCGAGGAUUUUACAUCAGUUCAGGUUUUCGCACCUUGAGGGGGAGGCCCCGACAUUAGAGAGCCACGCUGGCGUAGUUCUACACCCGAAAAGCUUUAGAGUGGUAAUAACGGAAAGAGCUUGAAGCAGCUCUACAAAAAAAAAACAUAGCAACGAUGACAACGACGGCAAGGAAAACGUGGCUCGCUCAAUUCUUAAGCUUGAUAAGCUUGAUAAGACGUUGACAAUAAAGUACCUUCAUGCUGAACGCUCAAUUCUAAGCUAGUUUCGAUAAGCUUGAUAAGGCGUUGCCGCCGUCGUCAUUGCAAGUUCCCUGUCAAUGCAACAUGGACGCGAAAGAAUUUAAAGGAAGAGCAACAGACCGUGAAAAGUAACUACAGUAUAGAAGCAUGACAGGAUUAAAAGAAUCGAAAAGGUUAUAGGGUCGUAGCACGAAAGUUUUGAAAGUAAUAUCAGUUCGACACUCAGUAUAAAAAUGCGGACGUUAAAAACUGUCGCACUUGGCUUCUUCGCGCGCUAGGAGUCGCCAUGCUCUUAAAUGAUAACACCGUACAAUACUAAAACGUUGCAAGCAUUGAAAGAACUUCAUUUGUGCGAAAUGACUGUGCGCGCGGAAAACUGACAGAAAAAGCAAAUCUCCCGUUUUUGUACUAAUUUCGACUCCACGAGAUUUUGACGCCAUUUACUUAGACGCGCCUCCUCUAGUCGGAUGUAGCAGAGAUAGGCUAAAGAUAGAUUACGAUAUAAAAAAAGGAAAAGAUCCGACCUUAUUAAACAUGAAUGAAUCCAUGAUAAAUGUAAAAUGAUUUUAAUUAGUCUUAUGAAUUAUCACGUAGCGGACAGCCUCUAUAUUCACGGCGCUUGUGGUAAAUAUAAAGAUUUUAGUAAACACACAUUUCUUGGUGA